CCGCCCCCGAGCUGCAAGCCGCUUCUCUUCCACGCCAGCGACGGAAGCGGCUGUCCCAGGUCAAUCGGGCCGGAGGUGGCUUGCGGGCCGCAUGGCAGGAGCUCCGGGCGGCGGCGAGCCAGGCCCUGCGGCGGGCGAUCCGCUGCUGCAGCGACCGGACUCCGGCCAGGGUUCGCCCGAGCCGCCGGCUCGCGGGAAGCCCCAGCAGGGCUUCCUCUCCAGCCUCUUCCCCCGGGACCAGAGUUGUCCGCUCAUGCUCCAGAAGACGCUGGAGACAAAUCCGUAUGUCAAACUUCUGCUUGAUGCUAUGAAACACUCAGGUUGUGCUGUGAACAGAGGGAGACACUUUUCCUGCGAAGUCUGUGAUGGAAACGUCAGUGGAGGCUUUGAUGCAUCUACAUCUCAGAUUGUUUUGUGUGAGAAUAAUAUCCGGAAUCAGGCGCACAUGGGCAGGGUCGUCACCCAUGAGCUCAUUCAUGCAUUUGAUCAUUGCCGGGCUCAUGUCCAGUGGUUCACCAACAUCAGACAUCUGGCGUGCUCAGAGAUUCGAGCUGCAAGCCUCAGUGGGGACUGCUCACUUGUGAACGAACUCUUCAGGCUACGUUUUGGAUUAAAGCGACACCAUCAGACUUGUGUGCGGGACAGAGCUGUUCUCUCCAUCUUGGCUGUCCGUAACAUCAGCAGAGAAGAUGCCCAGAAGGCCGUGGACGAAGUCUUCCAGUCUUGUUUCAAUGACCUCGAGCCCUUCGGCAGGAUCCCGCAUAACCAGACGUAUGCCAGAUACGCUCACAGGGACUUCCAGAACCGCGAUCGUUACUACUCCAACAUAUGAAGACGGCGGCCGUCUGUCAGGACCGUGAAGAACAUGUGACUUUUCAGCACAGAAUGUAUAAAAUGUAAAUGAUCAGUUAGGUUCUAUGCAUAAAAUGCAGAGUGUGCUGAUUUUAGUGUUUGACUACAAAAAAAGAAACAAAAAGGACAGAAAGAGGAAUGCCUUAAACUGCAAGGCAGAACUGGGAUCUUUAUAGCUAGUCAUUUAGUACAUAAGAAAGUAAGUGACAUUUUUGUAUUUUCUACUUUAGACUUAUUUUUUGGCCCUUUUGUUCUCUUCUGAGAUUAUUUUAAAAUUUGGUUGUGACAUGUGAAGGAUGCACUUGUGUGAUGGUGGGUGGGCAAUGUUAGUAUUUACAGACAGCCAGACGGUCAGGCCAUAGGACAUUUGUUGAGAUUUUGUCAGGGUCAGAAUGCAAAGAAUGAAAGUCUUCUACUACGUGGUGUUUCUUUUUCCCUUUAAAGAUUUAUUUAUUCAUUUUUUAUGUAUGUGAGUACACUGUAGCUCUACAGAUGGUUGUGAGCCACCAUGUGGUUGCUGGGAUUUGAACUCAGGACCUUUGGAAGAGUAGUCAGUGCUCCUACCCACUGAGCCAUCUCACCAGCCCUUCUGUGGCAUGUGUGCUGUCAGCUUUUGAGGAUCCUUCAUGCUGGAUUCCAUGGAGGCUGUGCUUAUGCAAACUUCACCAGUGUCUAAAUGUCUCUAGUAUUUACUUGUGUUUUAAAGAUGUACUUUAAGUUGGGUGCAGGUGCCUGUGUGCCAGUGUGCCAGUGUGCAACAGGUGCCUGUCGAGGCCAGAAGAGGGCAUCAGAUCCCCAGGAGCUGGAGUUACAGAUGGUGGGAACUGCUUGGCAUGGAUGCUGGGAACCAAACUCAAGUCCUUGGCAAGAGCUGUGCACAUCUCUGACACCUCAGCUGGGUCUCCAGCCCAUCUCAACAUUGUGGGAGUUUUGCCUGUAUGUAUAUGUAUGUAUGUAUGUAUGUAUGUAUGUAUACAUAUCACAUGCGUACUUUUUAAAAAUUGUACUUUUAUAGUUUCGUAUUUCUUAAAAUACAACACAUUUGUAUAUGUUAAGACAACGUGUUUUAAUAUCGUGGAGAAAAUGCCUGUCACAGUAACUUUGUUGGUUUUUUUUUUUGGAGUGGGCAGAAGGCUAUUUCUCUUCAUGUGAUUUCCAGAUAAACUUUAGAGUUAACUUUUUCUUUCCUUUUUUUUUUUUUUCUUUUCAAAACACAGGAUAGGAAACUGGCAGUAUAGAAUGGUGGUUAGAGACAUGGUUAGAGACAUGGAUCUGUUAUUUAUUUUUUAUGUGUAUGGGUGUUUUGCCUUCAGGUAUGUCUGUGCACCAUGUGUAUGCAGUGCCCAUGGGGUCCAGAAGAGAACACUGGAUGCCCUGGAAUUGGAGUUAGAAAUGGUUGUGAGCUGCCAUGCGGAUGCUGGGAAUCCUAGGUCCUCUUGGGAAGAGUAGCCAGGGCUCUUAGCUGCUUAGCCAUCUCCCCAGGCCUGAGUAAACAUGCUUUCUAAGACUGAGCCACAUCACUACUAGAAACAGUAGUUUUUCCAGUAACUAGCACAAUCUUUGGGUUCACAGUGUGAUCAAAUAUGCAACAAUCUGGUUCUCUCCUCCCACCAUGUAGAUCUUGGGAGUCCACUUCUGGCUGUUAGUCAUGGCGGCAAGCACCUUUACUGGGUCAGCCAUCUUGCCAGCCUUUGUAUUUUAAACUAAAUCUUGGUACCUGCUGAAUGGCCAAAUUUGUCCUUAUAAUAUCUCAGCUGAAGUCAGCCAUGGUGGUACACACCUGCAAUCCCAGCUGUUGGGAGGUGUAAUCUCUCAGCUGAAGUCAGCCAUGGUGGUACACACCUGUAAUCCCAGCUGUUGGGAGGUGUAAUAUCUCAGCUGAAGUCAGCCAUGGUGGUACACACCUGCAAUCCCAGCUGUUGGGAGGCAGAGGCAGGUGUCACAGCAAAUUGGAGGCCAGCCUGGUUUAGAUAGCAAGAUCUAGUUCACACAGGGCUCUGUAGUAAGAUGCUUUCAAAACAGCAGCAACAAAAUCCCAGGGAGAACCAGGUUUGCUGUUAAGGCUUCUAAAGCUUUCGUUUCAAAAGAAGCUGGAAUCAGCAAUGGUGAGAAGGAAAAUGACAAGAAAUGAAUUCAGACCGGGGCUGGAGAGAUGGCUCAGCACUAGAGAGCAGGCCCCUGCAGAGGACUCAGGCCUGAAUCUCAGUACCCACACGGUGGCUAGCUCCAGUUCCAGGGCAUCCCACACCCCUUCUAGCUUAUGAGGACAUUGCACUCACCUUCCUCAAACAAACAUGCAAGUAAAAUGCUCAUCAAGUAAAAAUAAAUAAAUCUUUAAAACC